GGCAGUCCACAGUUCGGUGUAAACAAAUCUACAAAAAGCCGUUUAAAUUGUUGAAUAUUUAAUUAUAAAUAUAUAUAGCAUGUUUUAAGUAUUGUAUUUUAAGCCUUUUACGUGAAAUAAGACUAAAAUCCAGAGGAAUUCCUAUCGUUCAAUGUGUUACAAGUGAGCGUUGUAUCUAAAGUUAUCGCCUAAAAAUGAUGGAAGUAACGCAAAAGGUUGAAUUAAAAGAGUUGCCAACCGAAGAUGAAAUAAUGCGAAGCAUUGCUGCAGAACUCGACGAGGAGGUUGACAAACUAACCAACCCUGACAUUACAUCGCCAGUGGGAAGUCGUAACUCCGUGGAUGUGGAUCUGCAAAAUGGUUUGGAAACCGACGAGUUGGACAAUGGUAUUGAGACGACACCUACAAGUACCGAAAGUAUUUCCAAGGACUGUGAGGAUCAGGCUGCUGCUGUCAUGGGUUUAAGCAAGGAGCGUGAUGCAGGCAGCGAUCUGGAUGCUUUAUUGGAUAAAAUAAGUUCUAUUGUGAACUGUGAUCCAAAGGAGUCGGUGGAAGAGGAGACUAAAGAAAGCUGUGCAGCGUUGGAGGCUGGAUGCAAUGAACAGCAUGCUGGGGAUAUCGAUAACAAAAAAGAAUGCGAAAUUGCUAUCGAUAACACAGAUGCAGCAGUUAUCGCUGCUGAAGAAGAACAAAAGGAAGAAGCGCACGAAAAGAACGUGGAUGCUGAAGUUCAUGAAGAAAAAGUCAAGGAUUUGGAAGAAAAAGAAGACAAGCGAAUAAUUGCAGAUCCCGUGGAAGACGGGACUACGGAAGCAGAAGAAAAUAUUGUGGAUAGCAAAGAGGAAGCUAAUCAAGUGAAAGCAAUAGAUAAUCCUGAAGAUACGUCUGCAGCUUCUGAUGUUUGUGAGACAGAUUUAAAUACCGCCAAUGAUGAGAUCUUUAUGGAUGCAUUGGAAACCAUAUCCAGCUCUGAUGAAUUUGAUGCAAUUCCAGAAGCAAAAUCCAGUGCUAAGAAGGAAACAACAAACGGUUUAGAAGACAUUACCUCUGACGAUAGCCUUGAGAAAAAUAAUCCCCCUGCUGAAAAGCCUAUUAAAGAACCAUCUAUUAUUGAUCUAGACACACUGGAUGAAAAGGCCAAAAAAAACACUGAGGGAGAUACUAAGAAGGCUAUGGAGGUUGAUGCAAUCAAAGAGAAUGUCGAAGAGGAGGCAGAGGAAGUAAAUGAGCACCUGGAGAAGCUUGAUGCAGUAGAAUUGACGGCAACGGAAGAAUUGCGAGAUGAUGCCAUAGAUGACAUGCUCGUGGAAACGGCUGAAAUGUGUGAAGCCAUAGACGAGCAGGCCAAAAUUGAGGCAAAACCCGAAGAUGCCAAGCCGAAGGACGGUGAAGAUCUAGUCAAAGUGGAAGGGGACGAUCUGCAACCGACUGAGACAGUCAAGAUAAAUGGAACAGACGAUAAAAUGGAUGAGCAGAGCUUGAACGAAGUUUCAAAGAAAGAUGAGGAAGAAGAUGAUGAAGUCAUAUUUUUUGAGUCCAUUGAAAAGACAACAAAUGAAACUGCAGCUACAACUGAGACUGCUAAGGAAAACCCCAAACCAGACGACGAAGAUGUGGAAGAGGUUAAGAAAGAUGAUGAAGUGGUGCUUGUGUCGGAGGAUGAGGAGGAAGUGUCGGCGCCAAUGAAGCAACUCGCUGAAGGGGAGUUGAGUAAAAAAACCGACACAGCAGAAAAAACACCUCCCAAAAUCGAUGUAAAAUCCAAGUCGAAUUUACUCGUCGAUAACUCCGACAAUGCCUGCGAUCAGUUUGAGAAGCAACGAGCACAGGAGAAGACACCCCCGAAAGAAGGACCUGGCGAGGAUAGCAACUCUAGCAAUCUGCUGCAACCAUCACAGAAAAGUAGCGAUGAGAUGGUAACUGGAGUCGAAGCCGAACCCGAAGUAGAAGCUGAAACUACAGUUGAGGGAGAUCAGGGCGAUGUGGAAGCCGAAGAGGAAACCGAGGAGCCAUAUGUGCCGGCCGUGAAGCGUAUAAGACUGAGCACCGAUGACAAGCCGGAGGCUAGCAAUAGUUCCAGCUGUACAGCCGAGGCAACAACGUCCACUAGCAAUAUUACAAGCACCUCUAACAUAGCGGACGAGAAUGAACAUCAGGCUCAGCCCUUAGUUGCCAAACGGAAUCACAGCCCCUCAGAACCAAAGGAGGAUAUACCAAGUAAAAAGCUCAAAACGGAUGACACCGAUUCGAACAGUUCCUGCGACGGCAAUCUACAAAUCGAUUUAGAUGCACACGAUAAUACCGAAGAAUCAGAUACGCCAGCAGACGUCACGAAAGAGAAGAUUAAAGAGCCAUCCAUCGACCUGAAGCCCGCACCGGAACUCAAAAGCGAUGUGAAACCUUUUCGAUUGGAUUUUGUACAGAAAUUCGGCAAGAGUUUCGACAAAAUGACGCGUUGUGAUCUCGAGGAACUGGUGCUCCAGAAGAUCGUCGAGUGCAUGCUGGUGAAGAGCGAGUUUGCUGAGAUCCGGCGUCAGGUGGACAAACAGGAGGUGACCCUGGCCAGCUACAGACGCAAGAUCGCCGAAGUAUCGAAACAGUUUCUCGAUCUGGAAACUGUGCACAAGCGUGUGCUCAAGGAUCUGGAGACACGCAACUCACAGUUUACAGCACCGGUACGCAUCACACGUGCCGUCGGUCUUCAGGUGGGUAUGGCUCUGAUGAAGAAGCCCAGCGAGGAUGCGACACGCAACCAGGCUAGCCACCAUACUGCAGGCAGUAUGUCAGCUCCAGCUACAUUAAUUUCCAGUACCGCGGCAGCUGCAACGUCAGCGCCCUCAACGAGUCAGCCUCAAAAGGCAACCACGUUGCCUAAGCCGGCACAACGGUCGCCACUGCGUGGCAUGACCAGGGCGGCUCCUGUUAUGCAGCAUCCGCCUCCGCAGCAACAACACCUACAGCAACAACCUCAACAGCAGCACCAACAACAACAACAACGCUCGUCGUUGACCUACAACCAAACUGGAGGUAAUGCCACACCGCCCGUGCGUCGCGGCUGCAUGCAGAAAGUGACGCCCCAACGCCCCGUGAACAACUCAACUCCGUCUACGCCCGGACCAGCUGGCAUGCAACGUCUGCAGACCUCACCAGGAAGUUCUUCCCGCAUUUAUGCUACGAAGCACACCGGCACCGCCGCAACUGCUUCGGCUGCCGCACCGACAACUACGCGUCCCCGUGGAGUCGUUGGCAAACCCGGUUCUACCUACAUGUCAAACAAGCAGCUCAUACAACAGCAACAACAACAGCAGCAGCAACAACAACAGCAGCACCAACAAUCACCUUUGCCCGUACGCAUUGGUCGCACUCCUGGCAAACAGAAUAAUGUCAAGUCCCGCCAGAUGCCCAUUGGUGGCGGCACGGUCUCUGUGCCCAUGUCAAAUACCGCGGCGGACAGCGCUGGCGGUAGUUACGGUCAGCCCAGUUUGGCGCCAGCUCGACCCAAGGAAAAGGCUGUCAUCGAUCUGACCGACGAGGAUGAUGCGGCUGCUGCGGCCGCAGCUGAGGUCACCGCUCGCCUGCGUCAGAAUCCAAAUGUGGGCAUCAAACGCAGCUCGCAGUCACCUGCAAGUGGCCAAGGAAGUGCACGUCCAGUGGCGGGCAGCGUGGUGCGAGUGUCGCCGAUGAACGUGGGACGCGGUAAUGUCGUUACCAGGCAGAUUUUCAACAACAAUUCAGCAGGUCAACGCAGCUCGGCUGGAGCUAAUGUCACAAUGCAGAUUCGAUCGGAGAACACGCCGCCAAAUCCAAGUCGCCUUCGCUUCUCGCAUCCUGCACCGCUGCCGCUGGCUCCUGCGCAAACCUUCCAUCCCGACUGGAAGUUGCCCCCCUCUCGUCCCGUAAUUCGCAUCAGUUUGCACGAUACGGGCAUCGUCAUUUCGUGGACGCUAGAGGAUACGGGUAGUCGGUUUGCCGAGUGUGUCACGUAUCAGAUCUACGCUUAUCAGGAGACGAUCAAUGAGCCAAGCACCGAUUCGUGGCGUCAUGUGGGCGAUGUGAAGGCCAUGCUGCUGCCUAUGGCCGUAACCCUGAAUCAGUUUCAAGAGAAUCAACGUUAUUUCUUUGCGGUGCGCGGUGUCGAUGCUCACGAUCGUUAUGGAGUAUUUAGUCUGCCCAAGACGUGGUAAUCCACUGUCUGUUAUUCUGUUUUAUUUUAAGUAUUACAACGCUGUCUAGUAUCUUAUUUUUUAUUUAUUUUAAUAAUUUAUCAUUUUAUUUAUGGAACCCAUCAAUAACCCACUUCCACUCCCAGUAACCAUCACAGAUACAUAGAUUAACAUAUUUGUUCCUUAAAGAUCACUCACUCAUGGGCAGCUGUUAAUUAUAAUAUUCGCCUUAAUCCUAAGUUAGUCCUAAGGCAAGUGUUGAUCUAUAUUAGCCAUUUGGAAGUCGAGCCAAUCGUACUCAAAUUUUAGCUAUCGCUUUGACUUCAUAGACAUUAAACGCAACAACA